UUUUCGUAACGAUAAAUGUCGAUAAAAGUGUCGAUACGUAUCGAAUUUUGUCGUUAAGAUAUCGAGGGGUAUCGGACCCCUCGAUAAGCAAUAGCGACAACAUAACCAGACGUAUCGGCCAAUAGCGAGUGGUUCUGAGUGGAGUUGCUUAUAGUUUUCCAGUAGUGAUUGUUAAAAGAAACACGCAAAAAAACAAUAUUGCAGCAAAAUAUUGUAAAAUGGCUGAAGGAUAUUUAGCAAUAAAUAUGCUUUUUCUUCAAGAAAGAGUAAGGAGAAUAGAAAGAAAAUUAGAGAGGAGAAUAUUGCGUGAUGCUCAAAACCCAUUUGAGCUUCCUAACGAUGAGUUUAUUGCUCAAUUUAGAGUAAAUAAACAAAUGUUUACCUAGAAAAUAUGAUGAGCAAUUGCGCACUUUUGCUUUAACUAUACAUUAUUAUUUUCCACGUGCAUAUGAAUAUGUUCGCACAAAAUUUAAUUCUUACUUGUCACAUGUAAAAACUAUUGCUAAAUGGUAUCAUAGCAUUGAAGGAAAACCUGGUAUUAGUUUGGAAGCAUUGAAUUGUAUUAAGCAACGUGUAAAAAGUACAGAUUAUCCAUUAGUAAGAUCCUUAAUUUUUGAUGAAAUGACAAUUCGACAGCAUGUGGAAUAUGAUGGUUCAAAAUUUUGUGGUUACGUUGAUAUGGACAUCAUUUCCAUAUUCUGACACGGGAGAAGAAAUUUUCGCAUUUCCGGAUCCCUGCCAUAUGUUGAAGUUAGAACGUAAUGUUUUUGGAGAUGUUAAAAACAUUAUUGAUGGAAAUGAUCAAUCUGUUAAUUGGUCAGAUAUAGUUAAAUUGCAUGAACUUCAAGAAAAUGAAGUUUGCAGCGAUCACGGAGGUCAAGCAACGUUCACCGGAGUCGCGACUUGGAUGGGUGACCACACCGGGAUGACACUAGGUUCAUAAAUAUGGAAACAUCAUGGCUGACGAUCACAUGACCAUUGCCACCCGAGUUUGGGGAUAAAAGUUGCGCGCGCAUGCCGAAAUUGAGCGAUAGGGGCCGAUUAAACAGGAGCAAUUUUAUGAUUAUGGGUUGGAUGUUGUGUCGAACGUGACUGUCCGUUCCGUUGCAAAAAUUUUUAUCUUUAUAUAUGUUCUGUGAUUUUUACUGAUGUAAUAUAAUAUUGAAAGUAUACUAGGUGGGAGGACACAUUCAGAAACCGAGACCGUGCUGCAGACGUUGCUACAGAUUCUUAUUUAUCAGCGAAAAAGAACUACGUGUUUUGUCGAAAAUUCUCAUCAGCGAAAAAAAAGUAGAAUAAACGACGCGAGAGAAAAAACAUCAGACAUGUAAAGAAAGUGAAGAAAGAGAUGCUCCAGACAAAAGCUGAAGAAAAUAAACAGACAAAAUUCUUACAGAAAUAUGGGCAUAGUUAUUUACUAUAUACUUCAGAAAUCUGAAAUGUUGUCUGUGUAUCUGGAAAGAUUAGCCAAAUUUGCGCACUGUACUAAUAUAAAUUUUUACCAAGAUGUAACUUGGGAUGAUAUUCUCAUUCACCCAGACGCGAAUGACAGCUUUUGUAAAAAGAAUAAAUACACUAGCAUUGUAUAAAAAUAUAGCGUAUACUACACCUUUAAGCGGCGAAGGUAGUUCGGCAACUGAAAUUGCAAAAUUAUCACCAGAGGAGCUUUACGCGGAGUAUGAUCCUGCGGGUGUAGCAUUUAAGCCUGUUAUACGUAUUCCAAAGAUGUUGCUCGUUAAAAAAGUACUAUUUAAUUAUAAUUUGAGCGAUGAGGGACGAUUUACGUGCUGACGAUAGGAAGAUGGGAACCUUACCGAAGAAAAAAGCAAUAUGUAAAAGACUGAAGCUGUGAUAUUAAAUUAAUGUAAGUUAGUUUAAUAAUGCUUUUUACUGAUUUCUUGGAUACUAUCGUGAGUAGGAAAUUUACAAGAAAAAUUUCAAAAUUUAACAUAUUCACUCUUUUUUAUACAAUUAUAAAAUGGUUCCUCGAAAGAAACAUUCUUGUAAAUUUCCCGAAUGUGGUAAUUUUUACAACGCGAAUGUCGAUAAAGGCAUUAACAAGCAUUUUUUUAAAUUUCCGAAAAAUCACGAUCUUUGUGUUAAAUGGAAACUGAUUUGUGGCAUUGACAUUAAUGUAAACUCUGAGAACAUGCGUAUUUGUAAAGAUCAUUUCCGAACAGUAGAUUUUGUUAACUUUACAAAGCAUUUGUUAAAUCCAAACGUGAUACCGAAAAGAAGUGAAAAAUCAGAUAAUCUAAUUCCUGUUCAAAUUUUGCCUCCAACAACUGAUGAAAACUUGAAUUCAUGUCGCCCGUUACGUGAUGCUAAUGUAUCUGCCGUUAAUACAAAUUCGUUUAACAGCGAUGUAAAUUCUGAUACUGUUUGUGAAGAAACUCCUGUUCAUCCAUCCUGUUCAUAUGAUACUAAUACAUUUAAUAAUGUUGCUCUGUCAGAUCUUGUCAUUAAUAAUAGUAAAGAUGCUAAUUCUAUAAAAGAUUUAAAUGGUGAGGAAGAAUGUGAAGAAGAGACAAUGUGUAUAUGUGAUCAGGAAAGUUGAAAAAAUGGAAAUUCAUGUUCUGUUAACAAAGAAAAUAAUUGCCCAGAUAACACUUGUCCAAACAAUAAUGACGAAAAUUGUGAACAAAGAAACGAAAAUUCACGAUUAAAAACAGGAGUUUCUUCAGAAACAGAGUCAGAACGAUACAAACGCAUGUAUGAAAUUAAACGCCGUAUUUUAGUAAAACUGUCUAAAAUGAUGAAAAGAAUGUCAGAUACAAAAAACGCAUUAGCAACUUUGAAAAAAAAAUACGAUAAUAAUGUUUUCGAUUGCAUUAAUACACAAUUAAAUAAUGUUACCAAAGCAUUCAUUAAUUCACAAUUAGUGAAUGCUUCACGUAAAAAUUCCGGAAAAAGAUGGACAGAACAGCUAGGAUAAAGCGUUUGUUUUGUCAAUGUAUAAACGUGGUCCUCGUCUGUACAAGUUUCUACGUGAACAUUUUGAGCUGCCAUCUCCGCGUAGUCUGCAACGCAUUUUAUCUCAAAUUCCAUUUGAAACAGGAAUAAACAAAGUCCUUUUGGAUCAAUUAAAAAUUAAAAUAGACGAAAUGCACGAACGAAAUAGAUAUGCUUCACUAAUUUUUGACGAAAUGUCUUUGAGCAAAGGUUAUCAUUAUGAAGCUCACAAACAAAUCAUUAGUGGUUACGAGGAUUUAGGUGAAUUGGGACGAACUGUGAAUGGAGCUAAUCAUGCACUUGUUUUCAUGAUUCGUGGUAUACGCAAAUCAUGGAAACAAGUGGUAGCUUAUUAUUUUACAGCAAAUAACAUAUCCUGCAAUAAUCUCAAAUUUCUAAUAAAACAUAUAAUUGAACAGCUACAAGAUAUUGGCGUUAAAAUCAAGGCUACAAUUUGUGAUCAAAGCUCAACUCAACGAAGAGCCUUGUUAGAAUUGAGCCAAGAAAAUAACGUUAGACAAAUAUCAUACACGUUCAUGGUUCGAUCUGAAGAAAUUGUAAUAAUCUUUGAUGUUCCCCAUUUAUUGAAGAACACACGUAAUGCCUUACUCCGAUCGGAUAUAAAAUUUAAUACACAUAAAACUGCUAAAUUUACAUAUAUUUAUAAUGCUUUUAAAAUUGAUCAACAAUUUCCAUUUAAAUUGCUAUAUAAAUUGAAAGAAAGCGACUUUAACUUUAAGGAUUCAUAUUUAAAAAUGAAGGUACGAGUAGCUGCACGCCAAUUGAGCCGAAGUGUUGCAAAUGCAAUUAACGUUUGGUCAGUUAGCAACAUGAAUGAUAUGUUUCCAGCAGAAGCAUUACAAACGGCAGAAUUUGUUGAACUCAUUGAUAAUCUUUUCGAUUCAUUAAAUGGGUGGACCACAUUACCAAAACACGGGAAAAUUUACAACUGCUGUUUGCAAGAUGACUCGCCUCAUUUAGAUUUAUGGAAUAAAGUUUUAUUGCAAAUACCAAAAUGGGAGUUAUUUGAUAAAGUUACGGGAAAAAACGUUACAAACACAUAUCAAUUCGUUAAAGGUUGGGAAAUAAGCAUAAGAUCUAUUAUUACAUUAUGGAAUUCUUUACAAACGGUCGGUUUAAAAUAUUUAAAUUUAAGGAACCUCAACCAAGAUUCCAUAGAAAAUUUAUUUUGCCAAAUUCGACAGCACGGAAUUUCGAAUACUGCUCCUACAUGCCAUCAGUUUAUAGCUGCGUUGAAAACUGUAAUAUUAAAUAAUCUUUCAGGACCAAUUACAAAAAUUGUAAAGACGAUUACACUGAAAAUGUGUGCAGUUUUCGUAAUUUUAUAAAAAAUGUCACAAUUAAUUCUAAAAAAAAUAAAGAUGAUGAAAAUGAAAAUUUUGAAAAUAUAAUUGAUUGCAUUCCCGAAUGGACAGAAAAAUUUAACACUGAUGCUGAUCAAGCUCUUAGUUAUGUAUCCGGUUAUAUUUAAAAAAAAAUUCUUAUUCCCGACAAUUGUUUGCAAUGUCGAGUCGAUUUAUUCGCUACAGAAAAAUUACCACAUCAUUUGUUCACGACAUUCAAAGAAUACUCUCCUACUGUCGAUGCUCUGACGUAUCCAAGCAAUAAAGUAAUUAUACUAGUACAAAAUCUCCACGAUAAAUUAUACAAAUUUUGUGAUAUAAACGGUCAUAAGAACAAACUGGAAUUAAUCUUUAAAGAUGCAUUUUUCAAGAACUAUGUGAGUACUUUUUGCUCAUUUCACAGAUGUGAUAAAAUAAUAGUUGACAAAAGUUUACCAUUUUUAUUAUUUAAAUA